AUGAGCACCCAAACAGCAGCAGAAACAACUGCCACCUCAUCGGGGGCCCCCAAGGGGGCCCCCCGCGAGACCCCUUCAAACGGGGGCCCCCCAGGGGGCCCCUCAGGGGGCCCCUCAGGGGAGGCCCCCCAGGGCGGCUCCGUAGGGGAAGGCCCCCAGGGGGGCCCCCCAAAGGAAGAACACUCAGGGGGCCCCCCAGGGUCUGGGGUGAUAGAUACUGAUGUCGAGGUGUAUGCGUAUCAGCUGGAGGCAGCAGGAGCUGCGCUAACGGCUUUUCAUAUGAAGAGACAGGCGCAGACGAUGACGGAGCUCAUGCAGCAUAAUAUACCGCUGCUGCGUAGACACUGCAGCAGCAGCAGCAGCAGCAGCAGCAGCAGCAGCAGCAGCAGCAAUAGGUCUUCUGCUGUCUCUGAUGAGGCGAUACCGCUGCUCUACGAGCAGGCAGCAGAAGCUAUACUAGAUAUAGCAGCAGCAGACCCAGGGUUUCCUUGUGGCGGCAUCCAGCGGCAGGUCCUCCUGGCCCUCUGCAGCCUCUCCGUAGACAGCACGAGGCUGCAUGACACUCUGAACUCUGUCUUCGGGCCAACAGAACAGCUCGCUGGCACUGAGGAGCAGCGCAUCGGCAGAAUAAUAAAAGCAACGACAGAGGCGGGGGCCCUCCAGGAGAGGAAGGCAAAGGCAGCAGCAGCAGCAGCAGCAGCAGCAGCAGCAGCAACAGCAGAAGCAGCAGCCAGUGCUGCUGCCGCUGCUGCUGCUGCUGCAGAUGGCAAUCCCGGGGUUGGAGUCCAACCACAACAACAGCAGCAGCAACAACAACCGCAGCAGCAACAGCAGCAGCAGCAGCAGCAGCAGCAGCAGCAGCAGCAGGUGCUGCAGCAUCCGCUGCUGCAGCAGCAAACAGCAUUCGCGGGAGCUGAGGCUUCUUCUUUUCUAUGGCACUCAAUUGGCUUGGCCUACCAGCGAGAAGCAGCCUCCCCCUCUUCUUCCCAGGCCGCCUACCGCCGCUGCUCGGCUCUCUGUCUCCUCUGCGCCCUUCAGCUGUCUCCUUUUGCUCUUGGUUGCUUCGAGGCUGCGUUGCCUGUUGCGGCAGCAGCAAAAGCUCAAGCAACUGCAGCAGCAGCAGCAGCAGUGGUUGCUGCUGCUGCAUGCGCAGCAGCAGCGGCGAUGGCAGCUGCAGCAGAAUGA